UCUGAAGCUGUAUCUAUCGCGAACUUCGUCCUGGAUUUUAUCGCAACACUUCGCCUCGCUCAACGCCAAUCGCAGCCUACUAAUCUGUCCCUUCCCAGUGAGGCCUGUCGUCGUGGAUAAGAACUGGUUCCCAACCGGCUUAACUCGUGCAAUGAAGGUUGAAUUGAUGGACGCGACAACAAGGAGCUAAGUUUGCCUCCUGUCCUUGGUACGGCCAUGGAUGCCCAGCAAUAUGGCUGUGAUGGGUCCGACGUGGUGGAAGAAGUGACUUCAGGUCUCAUGGACCGACCAGAAGGGGCGGAGACUUGACCUCCCUAUAGUCCAGGCCAGUGAAGUUUGUGAUGCCCAUAGUAUCUCAGGAGCUGGGAUGAGAAUGAAAUGUGCAGCUGCACAUCACAGGGUUCGGAGGCGAUGGAGGAUUGCGUGCAGGGGGCGCUGUCAUCUCUCUAUCCUCCCUUUGAGAGCACAGCUCCACCGCUCCUUUCCCAGGUCUUCUCUGUCCUGGAGUCCACGUACCAACACGACAGCCUGCGCUACCUCCUGGACUACUUUGUUCCUGCAAAGCACCUUCUUCACAAACUCCAACAACAUGCCUGUUCCCAGUACCUUGGCUGCCUCUUUCUGCACUCCGGAUGGCCUCUGUGUCUGGGAGAAAAAGUUGUCGUACAGUUGUCAACGCUUGACUGGAGGCUUCUGCGCUGCAACGACUUCUACCUCCAGGUGGUGCCUUUCUCCACACGCUGCCCGCGGCUGGCCCUGAAAUGUCUGGCCCCCGGUGGUCGAACUGUUCAGGAAAUCUUGGUACCAGAGUCCCAGCACCCUUUGGUUUUUACAACCGAGUGGCUGCACAGCGUCAAUAAGGAACGGGGCCACAAGAGGGAAGUUGGAGGAGGUCUCGACACCUGCUUGGUCAGCACAUGCGAUGGUGUAGUGCGUCUCCCCUGGAAGGAGGUUGUCUAUCCAAAAUUCGUCCACGACCCCUCUGAAGAACCGAGCAACACGCCCAAUCAUGAGGACUACAAUUGCCUCUCUAGUGAAGGAGGUGGCAUUGGCGGCUGGUGUGGCUCAUCUUCUGGAGAACUUGACUCGUGGUCCUGGGAUGAUGAGGCUGAGGAAAAUGCAUCUCUGAAUGGCCUAAGCUCACAACGCAGACGCAGCGAAGACGGGCUUGGACGAACAUCCAGAGACUCUCCAUUUGAAAGUGAUUAUGUGCAGCUUUUGGAGCCCAGAGUAGGACCUGACGGAGGGGUGGAUUCCAGGCAGAGGUACCUGGAGAUGCACGGGAUAUGUACGACUAAGACCUUGCCUCUGUGUCGCAGAGGGAAAGCCAUGAAACUUCGGAAAGGAAAGGCUUGGGGUAAUGGGAGAAUGGAUGGGUUUGGAAGCUUUGAGAAUGCCAAAAGGGACAUGGUGACUCCUCAGGAAGGGUCACCUGAAGCACCUGAAGAAACUCCUCACCAAGCCAAAGAACACCAACCUUAUUCUUGUUCUGUCCACGACUCAGAUGACGACAGAACGAGAACAGAUGUGGAGCAACUUGAAAGACCUCGACUUUAUUUUGACUGUCCAAUAAAAGAGAGAAGACCUGGCGAGGGCAGGGAGCACGAGAGCAACGGCCUUGCACACCCCUGCGGGAAUGACCACCAGAUACGAGACUCUGGAAGUAGCGAUGGUUUAGUCACGCAAGAAUUUCUUGACAUGAUGAACAACAAAAUUGUAAUAGGAUCAGACUACAGUUCUCAAUCAGACUCCGUUUUUGAAGAUACUGACAAACCACACAGCGAGGACAGUUGCACCACCACCCCAACAUCAGAUGCACCGGAUUCACCUUUCACCUGUGGAGUAUGCAGAGACACUGCAAGCACCCAGACAGAAAUGUCAAGUUCCUUCAGUGGUCCAGGGACUGAUGGGAAGACUGAGCGUUCCAGAGCAAAGGAAGCCAAAACUGCAGGGUACGGAGCCACCAGAAGAAAGAAAAAGGGAAGGGGGGCCAGAGGCAGAGCAAGAUCUGGAGGUCGAUCUUAUCCAAGGGGCAUGAAACUACAAGGGAAAUCUCCAUACACAAACCCCACCAGCUCAGACUCAACACAGCUGCCCAUCACUGAGGAGAACCUAUCAGAACAAACUGAGCAGAUGGCAGAACCUGAUGAAGCAUGCACCGGUACCAGCAGCGGGAAAAACACAGAGAACAAUAUUUCAGAUACAAAGAUCCAAACUUCACCCACUUGCAAUGGUCCAUCAAUUCCAUCUACAGUGAGCCACCCAGAUGUGGAGGUGGGGCCAGCUGAGUUAUGCCCAGACAAGUUUAAGGGGAAAACAAGCAAUGAGCCUCCACUGCUCAGAGAAGUGGACACCGACCUUCUGCAGUCUGGAAGGCUAAAGUUAACAGGCACAGUCGACAGGGUGGGUCGCGCGCUGGUUGUAGCAGGAGUGAGUUCACCUGAGGAGGAUCACUGCGAGGAAGAGAUGGCGCAGGUGCUGGCCUGCUUCCACCGCAUCACUCGGCCUUCAGCCAGGGAAAAAGGUCUCACGCUGCUAAUAGACAACAGAUGCUCUGGAUCCUCCGCUCCUUUGUUCUCUGCACUUAAAUUGUUCCAGCGGUUGGUACCUGGUGGUCUGGGAUCUGUUCUGCUGUUGCUAGAGGAGCAAAAACAGACCCCCUCCCAUAACCUGGGAGAAGUCGAGGUCCACGUGGUCCAGGGGACAACUGUCCUUCAGCAGUAUGUGGACAGGCAGCAGCUUCCCACAGAGAUGGAGGGAGACUUUGUACACUGUCACUCAGACUGGCUGGCUUUUCGAUUGAGUUUAGAGAGCCUAACAGAGCGUUGUGAGAGCGCCCUCUUGCUCUUAACAGAAGCAUUGAAUUCAAUGGAGACAGCGCCUCUGCCAAAUAACAUUGAGAGUGUCCCAAUAAGCAUCGACAAACACAGACAGCUCAUGACCAGUGUGUUGGCUGACCAGCGCCUCACUGAACUCCAACAAAGAGGUGGAGCCUGGUUGGCUGGGCUUAGCAGUAGCUCCUCUGGACUGGCGCAGAAAUCACCAGACUGUCGAGCUGCUCUCGCUGCCACGUCUAAACUGUACGACAGCGUGGACGACUCUCUCCAUCGACUUGUCCAAGUGUCCAACAACAGAGGUCGUGACCUAGAAGCCCUGGGACGGCUUGCUGGGAAGGUGGAGAAGCUCAAUCAGUGUGAUGAAGCGAUCCAGCAGGUCCAGUCACAGCUGGAGGGCUACAAAGACCCCCCUCUCUCCCUCAGCAGACUUUCACUCAAACAGCAGAAGUUCAAGACCUUUCGGGAAAUGGCUAACGAGCUCCACACUGAGACUCUGUCACUGCUCAGUGAUUUGGAGGGCUGGUGCGAGCUGGACUGGUCAGGCCUGAGCAAUGUUCAGAUUAAACUUCCCCCGGUCAGAGAGAGGUUGAGGGACAUGUCCCACUGUUUGUCUGACUGCUGGACGAACCUGGACAACACACAGAGGCUGCUGUCCACACUGACUGAGGCGAGCCAGUGGUGUGAUGCCGUCUCCUCCACUUCCUCCUCUACAACCCCUUCUUCCACCUGCCCACUCGCCUCCCUUCCACCUAUUCCACCAUCCCGUUUCCAAGAUGCUCGAUCUUUAGCUAUAGAGCUAGGAGGCGGGGCACUUCUGGAUCUCUGGACUCAAACAGUUGAGCGUUACCAGCGAACCGUUGCACAAGUGAAGCCUCGAUUCCUUCAGUUGGACCGGGCGCAGAAUCAGAGCCAGGGGAAGGCCAAGACACCCACUGCCAGCAGUGUCUGGGACGUAAUGGGCCCAGAGGGAGAGGGGGACUGGGGAGUGGGAGCUGGUGGAGGGGACAGUGGCCUCCAGUCGUGGGGAUCCUUAGCGUCGCUGUUUAGGCCACAAACUUGCUCCACGCUGAAGAUCGGUGACGAGAGAGGACCAAAGAAGGAAAGCAGUGGGAACACCGGAGCUGUAGGAGGAAAGUUCCUGAAUCUUCUGAAUCCUGCCAAAAAGAGUCCUACAGAGGCCCCCCUCCCCUCAAAGCCACCACGGAAGAGACACCCAAGUUUCGACCUGCAGGCUCUUUUAGCUCCUCGCAAAGGUGCAACCACUCCAAAACCUGUGGAGUCGCCAGUCUCUGGGGCCAAUCGUAACUCCCCCAUGUCCUGGCUGGGUCGGAGGGCACUGGCCGACCCAGUCAUCACCACGAGCAUGGCCGCUGCCAUGCCAGGAUGGAGCACUGGAGGAGGCGGAGGAGCGGGCGGAGUCCUGAUCAGAGGGGUGGAGGUCAGCAGCAAGGAGGUUGUGGACCACACGGGGUCACCGCGGCAACACGUGCUUCUGGGAAGGACUGAUAGGGAGACGGACCGAGCUGGCUGUUCGGCUCAGAGUAAACUGUACCUGCUGUGGUGUGGGAUGCUGAGCUCGGAGCGACAGUAUGUAACCGUCCUGAAGGGAGUGGAGGAGACGUACCUGCCUUUGCUGGAGCUCUCAGACACUCCAGCCUCCAUCAGGGACAAGGCUGAAGCCCUGUUCCCCAACUGGCGCAGCCUGAGCGCCUUCCACUCUCAAUACCUCCUACCGGCCAUGGAGGGCGCUCUUGUGCAAAGCUUGCUGCAACAGGACUGUUUCAGUAAAUAUCGGGAUCAGUUUCUUCAGUAUUCCCACUACAUCCGGAGCAGACCAGAACUGGACUCUCCAUUGGUGACACAGGCUGCUGACUUUUUUAAGUCCAAGCUUCCGGCAGCCUCCCCGCUCUCCCCACUGUCCUUCCCACAGUGUCUGCAGGCUCCCACUCAGAGGCUGGAGCAGUACUGUGAGGCCCUGGAGGAGCUGGGUGGCUUGAACCCAGCAACAGACUCCGCCCUCUCCACUCUGAGACACGCCCAAAAGCACGGCGAGGACCUCAGGGCCAGUGACCUCAUCGUGGGGUGUCCGAUCUCAGUGGCAGAGCGCGGUGAACUUGUGCGGCAGGGUGAGCUGACAGUGUGCGGGGGAGCUCGCAGGAAGCGAGCAGGGGCGAGGAACGUUUUCCUUUACCAGCAUGUUGUCAUCUUCACCAAACUGAAGAGCGCGGGACCUGCUGGACGCUCUGCCUACAGUUACAAGCACUUGAUGAAGACGGGUGAGAUGGGUCUAACUCAGAGUGUGGGCGAGGAGGGACUGAAGUUUGAGAUGUGGGUGCGACAGACCCCUCGGAUCAGAGACUGUGUUACGCUGCAAGCUCGGGACAAGGAGGAGAGAGAAUCCUGGACUCAUGACAUCGCUCACCUGCUGUGGACACACGCCAUUAACAACACAGAGCUGUGUCUGAAGGAGUCACUGUGUAUGGGGGUUUCCAGCAGGCUGCUGCUAGAUGCAACAGGAAAUCAGGAACUGGACUCUGUCGGCAGCGUGAAUGACAGAGUCCACAGCAGCUGCUCAGACUCCUCAUCAGUCGGCAGCCAGAAGGAGGGGGGUUCGCCUGCUUCUGGGAGGGACCCGAGGCGGAGCUCAGGGUCCACUGUUUAUUCACAGGGUCAGUCGCCUUCAACAAGUGUGUAACCACCACAACAGUAAGUGGAUCAAGUUUCACUUGAACGUCAUUCAGACUCUGGUUCAUGCCCUUUGACAGACCCAGCAUCCUGAAAUCUACUCUGAGCUACUCAAACUGGAUCUGAAAGGGCAGGGAGUCAAAAGCAGGACAUUUGGACGGCGGUUGAACCCUCCCCACAUGCUUUUGUCCUUUUGUUUUUCGCCUUAUCCCCUUCACCCUCUUAAAACAACAAAAAUGCCCAGAGAUUAGCCCCAGCAGCAGCUCAACUGCUUUGCUCCUUUUUAAAGCGUGCAGCUCUGAUAUGAACCCUUGGAGGGGAGAGAGGAAAAAAAAAAAACGACAUCCAAAUAAGGAUCAAAUGCUCUGUUAAAACCAUAACAAGCACCAGCGGGGUUGAGCUUCACAUCGCCAUUUUGGAUCUGCCAGUCUCAGUUGCUGGCAGUGACACAUUGACACUAAAGGCACUUGAGCCACACAGUGUGUCCAUUGUCUGCCCCACGGCUCCCUACAAGGCCGAACCACUUGGUGUGAACCACUCAGGCUCACUGCAUGCGUCACAUGCUCGAUCUCAUUAUUAAACAGGAAGAAAUGACGACUGGACUUUCAGUGAAGGUUUGGAGAUUUGGAUUUUUCUAAGGGAGUGCAGCAGGUGUCUGGCGUUCUAAAAGAAACUAUAGAUGGGACGUGGUUGUUUUUCUGGAAAUGACUCAGUGGUGGUCCCAGCACACGCAUGGACACACACACACACACACACACACGCCUUCUUAUCGUUACAGCACAGUGGAGCUCGGUUUACACUCACUGGGACCAUGGCCGGUCAGGUGGCUAAAACAAGAGUAUGUUUUGAUGCUUUGCCUCAAAGGUCACGUUUGUAAAUAGGUCUUUCUGUGCCAUUUAAUGUCUUCCAUUGUACUCUUCUAUUGUAGGUGUUUUGUGCAAUGAAAAUGGACUAUUGAUCAGUUUGGUAUGAUUUGUUGCAGGACUGUAUCUCUAUUUAUCAUCAAAUUAUUACGCUUGUAAAGAAUUUACCUGAAGCAAUAUGGACUAUAUGAAUAGACAGUAUAUUUUGUUGUGUAACUGCAUUCGCAUAAGCUUUUUUCAGUGCCAUUGUAAGGCACAGCCCUGUUUACCAUACAAGACCAUCUCAUCCAAAUAAAGGCUGGACAACUUGACUAAC